AUGGCUCACCACCUUUUGCGCGGGAAGCUUGCUGGUGUGAACAACGACCUCUCCCACGGCCUUGGACCUGACCUUCUCAUCCUCGAUCAUAUCCGCAACUAUGGCAUAAACUCCAAGAUCACCCAAGUCGCAUACGACCCCGUACAGUCGCUCGUCGCAGUCGGCACCGGUGAGAGCAAGUUCGGCAACGGGCAGAUCUACGUCUUUGGGCAGAAGAGGGUUGAAGUGGUGCUGCCGCUUCCAAACCGAGCUUCAGUCAAGAUCCUGCAGUUCUGCGCCGAGAAACUGCUCUGCGUUGAUUCUCGAAACGACUUAUCCGUGUUCUCACUUGAGACCAAAUCACUCGUGAACGCACACUCUCCGCCUGCGAAAAUCACCGCCCUGCAUAGCGACCCUACCAUCGACUAUGCCCUGCUAGGAACCCAGCAUGGAGAGGUCUUUGCCUACGACCUAGAUCGGCAAAGUUUGACACCCUUCAGAAUACCGAAUCUGUGGCGAGAGCAGUUCCCUCGGUCGCGCCUGACAGCUGUCGUCACUCUCUCGCUGCAUCCUAGAGACAUUGGCUCGCUUUUGAUUGGGUACAAUACUGGGGCUGUCAUAUACUCAUUCAAGCAGAACAAGGCUCUCAAAUUCUUCAACUAUGUACUGCCGAAAGGUGCUCCAGGAGGCGACUCGGACCCUGGCUCCAUCUACAAGGAGCGCGAGCCACCUCUUACACAAGCGGUAUGGCAUCCUACUGGCACUUUCAUCCUGACUGGCCACGAGGAUAGCAGUAUUGUCAUCUGGGAUCCAAAGGAUGGUCGCAUUAUCCAGGCCAGGACAUUACAAGACGUGAACGUAAACAGACCGGGGCCUGGUACCUUCAGCCCAGGUGCAGUAGAGGGCACAUUUGCCCUGAAGUCACCUAUCUUCAAGAUUGCAUGGUGCGCAAAUCAGGACCCGGAUGAAACAGGCAUAUUGAUCGCUGGUGGACAGCCCUCCAAUAUCUCAGCGAAGAGCCUAACAUUCUUCGAAUUAGCACGUACACCCAUCUACAACACCUCAUCGUGGCAGGUACUCUCCGACCACUUCGAAAAUCCCAAAAGACAGCGCAUACUGCCGUGCCCGCCUGGUGCAGAAGUGGUUGACCUGUGCUUGAUCCCUCGUUCAUCUCCACACUUCGGUGGUUGUCAAGACCCAAUAGCCAUCAUUGCGUUGCUGGCAUCUGGAGAGUUGGUGACGCUAUCUUUCCCAAGUGGCAUGCCUAUUACACCGACCAAUCAACUGCAUCUGUCGAUGACCCUUGUACAUCCAUACAUCAGUCACGCAAAUCUUGCACCGGUGGACCGUACGAGAUGGCUUGGAAUGACGGAGAAACGACAGCAUGGACCAAAGUUUAUCACUGGUGGGGCUGAAGCCAACUUGCCCCUGAAGCGUUUCGAACAUCGCAACAUAGUCCAGACUGCUCACGGGGAUGGCACAGUCAGACUAUGGGAUGCUGGGCAUGCAGAUGAGAUUGAGAACGAUGGACUUUUGCAGGUUGAUGUUGCACGGGCUGUAGGGCGUCAAGAUAACAUUGAGGUCACCCAGAUCUCCUUCGCCGGUGCUGCGUCUGAGCUUUCGGUAGGCCUGAAGUCUGGUGAAGUCGUCGUGUUCAGGUGGAACGUCAACAAACAUCCUGGCGAGGAGUUUCAACCCAGCGAGAACAAGCCGCAAGCGCUCACCAACAUAAUUGAAAGAAGCGAAGCCGCGCUCAAAGAAGGCUUGCUGCCAUUCACCCUACUGGACGAAGGUAACGGCCCGGUCACAGCUCUAAAGCACUCAGAUGUCGGCUUCGUCGCCGCAGGCUUUGAAGGAGGUGGAUUGGUGAUCAUCGAUCUUCGAGGGCCCGCUGUUAUCUACAGAGGCUCUGCUCAGGACUUCAAGACCGAGAAACGCGGCAGCUUCCGCCGGUCCUCGAAAGAGGCUGCACCGAAGCCUGAAUGGCCGACCUGCAUCGAAUUCAGCGUCAUGACACUCGAGAACGAAGAGUUUUCGAGCAUUCUGCUCCACGUUGGUACCAAUCUAGGCCAUCUGGCCACAUUUAAGCUGAUACCAGAGUCGAAUGGACGGUAUACAGCAAGCUUCGCUGGAGUGUCAUCGCUGGACGACAGGGUCAUCAAGAUCUGUCCCAUGCAUACCGAGUCAGGACGCCCAGCAUACGCCUCUCAGUCGGCGGUUUCGGGUCUGAGAAACGGUUCGAAAGUCAUUGGUGUUCUGCUUGCAGUCACAGUCUCGGGUGCAAGAUUGUUCCGCCCUGCCACUAACAAGGGUGCACACAAGACAUGGGACCAGUUCUUAUGCGACUCUGCGGCCGUUGUGCGGUACGAAGACCUUAGCUACGCAUUGCUUGGACUCUACGGCGAUGGCUGUGCGAGGGCAUAUUCGAUACCUGCUCUAAAAGAGAUAGGCUCUGUGAACGUCAGCGAUAUCCUGGAUGUACGAAGGUUCUCCGAUGCCGUGAUCACAAGCACUGGCGACAUCUUUGGCUGGAAGGGCCCAGCCGAGACAGCAUUGAUCAACAUAUUCGGUACAGGAGUACGACUAGACAUGGGCAAGGAUACCCUCCUGAAUCCGGAGCUUCUCAUUCCUCCUAGGCCUACAAUUAGCAGCAUACAGUGGAUCUCCGGCACUCAACACGUUACGCCAGCGGACAUGGAUCUUCUCAUUGGAGGCCCUGAUCGACCUCCCUCCAAGCGCAUGCUCGCUCAAGCUCGUGCUGAAGAAGAACAGCACCGACGUGCAAAUCGAGCGGCCGCACCCGCUUCCUCAUCUUCCGCAUACCCAUCGUACCCUACGCAAGCAGCUCCUGCAAAUGAGGGAUGGGGCGCAUGGGCCUCCAGACAACUCAAUGAACGCACAGAGAAGCUCAACGCUGUGGGUGACAGUAUGGACAGCCUGAGCACGAACAGCGCGGGGUGGGCGGAAGACGUGAACAAAUUCGUGAAUAAGCAGAAGAGGGGCCUUGUCAUGGGUGCCAUGAAAAGCAAAUUUGGCAUAUAG